AUGGCGGCUCCACCAUGGAUUGAUAACUCAAUGCGAGACCAAGGAUCGACGUCUGUCAUUGCGACUUUCCCAGCGGCGAAUUCGUUAGUUGGCGCUCCGGUAGCGCACGGCAUCGACGCGGACAGGGCGCGUGGGAGCGUGAGCUUCAACGCGAAGCUUUUGGCUAGGGUUGAGUUUCGGAGAGGUGGGUGGAGGCUGAGGCGGCGGCUCUUGAGGGUUUUGUGCAGUGGCGUGACGGUUUCUCUUUCGUCGAAAGGUGGAUUGGGUACUUUGGCAGGCGGGUCAAGAGAUUGCCAGGUUGUUGUUUGA